GUCCUAAAAGAUACUGAAAGACAGUGCUUUGCAAACCACUGAUGUGUGGAGCUGUACUUCUUUCCCCCCCCCCCCCCCUCAGCAAGAUGGCUUUUGGCAGAUCUCGGGUAUAUGGAAACUCCAAAAUCUGGGUUGGCACAUUGACAGCGUGUCUGUGUGCACACUGGCUGGGUUUAAGCAUCAAAGAACAAAGUGCGUAGUUGAUAAACUAAGAACACUUUAUUCACACUGAGUCAGAAACUAUUCUGCCUUUAAUAAGGGUUGAGGAUGAUUUACCUUGGUAACACAAAGGUGUUAUGCUGCAAGUCUGGCCAGUUGUGUUGGCUGAUGGGGGCCUGUGGUUCCUACACUAUUUACGGCUGGAUCACAAGCUGUCCCUUGUUAUGUAUGUUGUUGAUGGGAUGAAUCCUAUUUUACACAGUGAAUUUGUUACUGGUACAAGCAAUUCAAGCACAGCUUGCAGGAGGAUUCAGUUUGUUUGUCUUGAGGAGUCUGGCAUGAAAUUUCCAAGGGGCAGGCGAUGUUACUGCUCAGAACUGAGGGCAGCAAUGUCAGAUGUGGAGAGAACGGGGCUUCUGAAGGACUGUACUUGAGCAUGUCUUUAGGGAAACAGGCCUCCACUGAUGGCUCUCUCUGUGUUUACUCAAAUACAGCUUGGUUGCUUUGAUACUUGUUCCAAAACACCUGCAAUGGAAUAAUUGCAACUGUUUUAGUACAACUCUGCUGGCAACUUGCCUGCAAAGAAGAUACUUGGGAAGACAGUGAAAUGUUUUCCUCCUAGCCCAGCCUAUUGCCUCCUCCACAGCCCCAAAUUAAUCUGAUAAUGUUUAAUUAUUUUACAUUGAUUUUUUUAAAUAAUGCUAAUUGAAAGUAUUUGGAAUGCAUACUUGAUGGGUAGUCUGAUUUUUUUUUAAUGAAGCCAUGCAGUUUGGUUGUACUGUUGUGAUUCGAGUAAUCACUGAAUAUCUCAAUUUGGAAGGGAUCUGUAAGGAUUACCCAGUCCAACUCCUGGCUCUGCUAUAGUUCCAUAUAAAAAUGAAAAGUGUUUCCACAGCGCUUGCUUGUUAAUGUUACUGAGAAGACUUCUGACUUCCAGCUGGUGAAUCAUGAUGUGGGUGGAUACACACAUUUCAGGAGUGUUGAGUAAGGAGAUGCAUGGCUCCGCAGGACAACAGAUGGGUGAGUUGUGGAGGCAACACAAAGGUAAGGAGAUGUUCUGGAGGCGCUGGGACACACUGAGUCCUUGGGAAAGGGCUGAAGAAGGUUUGAGAUGAGAAAAUGAGACUAUUUAUCUUUAUGCCUCUUCCUCAGCUGAAUCUAGUACCAAGCAGGAGAUUUAUGCAUAUGAAUAGCUUAAAGCAUCUGACUAAUCCCAUUGAUAUCAGUGGUGCUACUUAAGCAUUUAAAUAGUUAUAGGGGAAGAUCUUUACUAUGAGAGUGGUGAGGUGCUGGCACAGGCUGCCCAGAGAGGCUGUGGAUGCCCCAUCCCUGGAGGUGUUCAGUCCCAGGUAGGAUGGGGCCCUGGGCAGCCUGGUCUAGUAUUGGAUGUGGAGGUUGGCAGCCCUGCCUGUAGCAGGGGGGUUGGAGCUUGAUGAUCCUCGAGGUCCCUUCCAACCCAAGCCAUUCUGUGAUUGUAUGAAAUAGGUAUUGCUUUUAGGUAACUUUGAAAUGGAUUAAACUUCUCAUGUUAAAGACAUCCCAUAAGGUAAACAGCUGCUCAUUUCUUCUGAUAGUUCAGUAUUGUCUGAAUACUUCCUUACAACAGCUUCUCCCCAGCUCCUGUCUGAUCUCUCCAGCUGACUGUGUGUGACCCAAGAUGCUGGUGUAUCCUUGAAGAGCUUCACCACUCUCAGCAAAGAAGUUGUCCACCAACAGAAGAUGCGUACUUCAUUAUGAUUAAAUUCUGUUUUAUUCAAUGUAAAAUCUUCUAACCUUGCUGGGAAAGGCGCUGCCCAUGCUGAGUAGCAAGGAAAUAGCUGGCAGACUACUGGCCCUUGGUGAUAAGGUGUUUGGUCAGAGGAACCUGCUAUGAACGUGCUUCUGAACCCAGCCUUUGUGGAAAUGUCACUUCUCAGGAAGCAAUACCACAAGUGCAGGAAGAAAAGGCAAAGAACCAAAAAACUCGACCAACCAAAACACCAGUGCUCUUUGGGAAUGCGUGUUUUCAGAAAAGAUGGAGGAUUCACAGGUGAAGCUGUAACAGAAAAGAAGGGAUCAGAAAGAAGAAAUACAAAGAAAACCCCCACGGGAGACAUGGUGAUUGCUUAAAAGCAAUGGAAACGUUUUUCAGAAACAGUAUCAUUUUUAAAACUGACUGUUUUCUACAGAGAAUAUUAUUUAGCAAUGACAACUGCAUUGAUCUCAAUGCAAAACGAGAAAUAAAUCCAGUCCCUGUGACUAGCAGCAUUGUUGGUGUUUCUUUAUGAAGAAAGAAAAUCAGUCUGCGGAGAAACGAUGGAGGCCUGGUCAUGGGUGGAUCUUACUUAUAUAAAUAUCUUAAUUCCCUUGAUAUCAAGGCUGACCCAUGUAACAUUCAGGAAUUAUGAGACAACUUUCACGAAUGGAAUCACAGACUAUCCCAAGCUGGAAGGGAUCGAGUCCAACUCAAUGACAUCUCAUGAGAAGAACUGAUGAGCCCAAAGGAUCACAAAAUACCAUCACUUGGAACAGAAUUCUGCAGUAUCUGCUUCCACCCCCACUCACAGCACAGCCAGUUUCAUAGCUCAGGGUCCUGUCCACUCACAUUCUGCAUUUCUCCAUGAGUGGACAUCACACAGCCUCACUGGGUGCUUGUUCCAGUGCUGCACCACUCUCAUAAGGAAGACAUCCAUUUUUCUCCUCUCCUGUUUGGAUUUUCCUUGUGACUUCUGUCCUUUUUCUGUGCCUCUGAGAAGUCUGGCAACAUCUCCUAUAGCUCUCUCUACCCUUUGGCUUCUGGUAUGUGUCAGUAAAGCUUAGAAGGAAUGUGAGGUCAUGUAAUGGAAAGUAGGUAAUGAUGAAUGUCCCCUCAAAAGUUUAUCAGCUGUACAGUGGGAGCAUUUUGCAGUUGUGCUCUAUAGCUGUAUUUAUAGAAAAGCUCAAGGUUACUCAUGCUUUCACCUGGAGCCUUAAGCAGGUGCCUGGGGCAUGGAGGAGUUCAGUGCCAUAGCUCUUGUCAGGGCAGAGGGCUUUGUCAAAUAAAAUCCAAUGAGCUCUGCUGUGGGCACCAAUUUGUUACUGAAAAUCUGACUUUGAUAAAGUCUGUCACAGCCUUGGAACAUCAGAUUUAGAGUUCUGCAAUCAUAACUCUGAGAAGUCUGAAAAAAAUAUACAAAGUUCUCGGAGGGAAAAGGUUAAAAAUAAUCCUAUGGCCAAUGACAGCAUAGGAAAUGGCUGCUCAGGUGCAGUUCUGUGAAGGAUUAGGGGAUUACUGGGAAGCACAAGCAGAUUUGAGGUCAGCAAUGCCUGGCUGCUUUGAAGUAGGCAGAAUGGGAUGUAUGGGGACUUACAAGGGAGUGGAGAGGCUGCAGUAAUCCUUCUGCUCUCCUUCCCCAACACAGCAGCAGUGGAACUGUGCCUGGUUCUGGUCCUUGCUCUUCAAGGUUAGUGGAUUUGGUCCAACUGAGAGUAAUGAAUUACAGAAUCAGUCAGGUUGGGAAAGACCUCUAAAUCCCCAAGUCCAACCCACCCCCACCAUGCCCACUGAUCGUGUCAGUGGACACAAAAUCACUGAAAAAGGUGGCUGUCCGAACCUUUAUAAGCCAUUUUUGGAAGCAUUUAGUACUAAGCAUGUGUCACUCCUGUCUAUUCCUUAUUGCCUUUCCACAGACAUUGCCUUUUCUUUAUUGUGAAGAUAUUGAGUCAGCAUCUAUUAAGGGAGCUGAGAGAUACUCACUUGUUUGUGCAGUCCUGAGCUCUGGCAGCGACCGUAAGACAAGCUGCAAGGAGAUCAGUGAGACCAUGAGUUUUCCUGUCCUUAUCUCCUGAGGCUCAGCAUCAGAGUUGUGAAGCUCUCCCAGUGAUGCCGUACGCCAGGAUUCAUCUGCUUCUUCCUGGGGUUUUUCUAUCAACUUGGAGAACUUUGGAAAACACUACAUGAGAUCUAGGUAACCAAGAUGGAUUACAGCUCGUUCAGUGGAGUCCCCCGCUUCCUGACCCGGCCAAAGGCGUUUAUGGUGUCCGUGGGGAAGGAUGCCACGCUGAGCUGCCAGAUCAUUGGAAACCCCAUCCCAGUUGUGAGCUGGGAAAAGGACAAACUUCCCAUUCAGUCUGGGGGAAGGUUUAAAACCACAGAAGAUGGGGACCUCUAUCAACUAACCAUCUAUGAUCUGAGCCUGGAGGAUAGCGGCCAAUACAUCUGCCGCGCCAAGAACACCAUUGGGGAAGCUUUUGCAGCUGUUAGUAUCAAAGUCGGAGAGGAGACCACAGUCACAGAGUCAGCCCCAUAUUUCAUCCAGAAACCUUCCUCCAUCAAAGUAACUUUGGGAGAGGAUGCCAUGUUCAAAUGCAAAGUCCAAGGCAGCCCUCCCCUCUCUGUGAACUGGGAGAAAGAUGGCAGGCACCUGAGGAACCGGGCUGACGCUGGCCGCUUCCAGAUCGAGUCAGCUGGGGAGUCCAACGCUCUCACCAUUCAGUGCACCCGGCUGGGGGACAGUGGCACAUACACGUGCCGGGCCGAGAAUCCCAUCGGCUCUGCCAGCGCUUCCGCAGCGCUGGUGGUGGAAACACAGGGCUCUUCCAACCCAGGCAGCCAUUUCGAUACCAGCUGCGGCAAGACCGCCUCCCUGUUGUCUCACUUGCAAAAGCGGCGGGAGGAGAUCAGGAAGAUGGACAUCUCCUAUGGGACUCUCGAUGCCACGUCAGCCCAGUCUUACUCCAAGACGGAAGGGCUGUCAGGCAUUGGUUACAGCCUCUCCCGGGAUUACGAGAGGGCAGCCAGCCUGGCCACCAAGGGGGCUCGCAACGCCAUGUUCGGGACGCUGACGCGCACCUGCAGCGUGACGGAAGGGAAGCACGCCAAGCUGAGCUGCUACGUGACCGGGGAGCCUAAGCCGGAGAUCGUGUGGAAGAAGGACAACGAGGUCAUCGUGGAAGGGCGGAGGCAUGUCAUCUAUGAGGAUGAUCAGGAGAACUUUGUGCUGAAGAUCCUCUUCUGCAAGCAGGUGGACAAUGGGCUGUACACCUGCACGGCCUCCAACCUGGCGGGGCAGACCUACAGCUCUGUGCUGGUCACUGUCAAAGAACCGCCAAUACCCUUCAAGGAAAAACUGAAGGAUCUUGAAGUCUGGGAGAAGGAAUCUGCCACCUUCCAGUGUGAAGUGCCUGUUCCUAGUACGGAGACAUCUUGGUUCAAGGAGGAAACCAAACUCCGGCAGAGCAAGAAAUACAACAUUGAAGAAGAGGGCACGUACCGCCGGCUCACAGUGCAGAAUGUCACUGCAGAUGAUGAUGCUGUCUAUAUCUGUGAGAUGAAAGAAGGGAGCAGGACCAUUGCAGAACUGUCUGUCCAAGGGAACAUCAUUAAAAAGCUUCCACGAAAGACUGCGGUUUCUGUUAACGAUACAGCCAUCUUCUGCGUGGAGCUGGACAAUGAAUGCCAGAACAUCCGCUGGCUGAAAAACACGGAAGAGGUGAAAGCCAGCGAGCGAAUCUCCAUCACGCGCUGCGGCAAGCAGCACACCAUGAUCAUCCGAGAGUGUACGAUGGAAGAUGCCGGUGAGAUUGUCUUCCUGGCUGAUGAAAGCAGGACUUCUACCCAAUUCACUGUGACCACUCCCAGAAAACCUCCCACCCAGCCCCCAGCUGACCCCGUGGUGAAAAAUAAAACAGAAACCUCAGUGACGCUAGCAUGGUCCCCUCCGAAGAUGGACCGCCCCAUUCCAAUCGAUGGCUACGUUGUGGAACGCAAGAAACUAACUGGCUUUACCUGGGUGAGGUGCCACGAGUCUCACGUCCCUGUCCCAGAGUUCACGGUGAGCAAUCUGUCGGAAGAGGCUGAUUACCAGUUCCGAGUGUCUGCAGUCAACGUGCACGGACAGAGCCCGUAUCUGGAAUUCCCAGGGAGCGUGCACCUUGAACCGGUCCUGGCUGUGAAAUCCCCCCUAACAACUGGUGAAGCUGUAGCUGGAGGGGAUGCCAUCUUUACUAUUGACCUUACAACAACGUGUUUUGGCACUUGGUACCUCAAUGGUAAAGUCAUACAGGAAAGUGAGACCUAUAUCAUCAAGAGAACCGAAACUACUCACAGUCUAAUCAUAAAGAACGUCACCAAGAAUGAUGAUGGAGCAGAAGUGAAAUUUGUGGCCAAAAAUGUUGAUGUCAGCACCAAGAUGAGAGUGAGAGGUGCUGCAGUGAGAUUUACCAAUAAGAGCAAAGACAUAGAAAAGAUCUCUGCUCGGCUGCGCGAGGAAGCCAAACUUCAGGCUGAGCUUUCCGACACAGACGCUACUGUGAUGUGGAUGAAGGAUGGGAAGGAGCUCAAGGCCAGUGAAAAACAUGAACUGCAAACUGCGGGGAAGAGGCGCAUCCUGAAAAUCCACAACGUUGCAAUGGAGGAUGCUGGAACUUACCAGUGCAUCUGCGAGGGGGAUAAAAUGCUCUAUCAGCUUUCAGUGAAAGCUCUUGCAAACUUCAUAAACAAAGAGAAAACUGGAGGAGUUAUCAGGGCCGUCGCUGGAAAGCAAGCUGAAUUUGUUUCUGAGACCUCUGAAGCCAACGUCAUGGUUAAGUGGUACAAAAAUGGCAAAGAAAUCACUGCCAGCAAGAAAUUCACAAUGGAAGAUAAAGGGAAACUGCAUAAGCUUGUGGCUUCAGCUGUGACAAAAGAAGACGAGGGAACAUACAUCUGCAAAAUCGGAGAUGACACUCUGAUUUUUGAUUUAAAAGUCUCAGAUGAAGCCAUUAACUUUGUCAACAAGCCCAAAACAACUCCAGAAAUAUCACUCAGCCCUUCUGAAAACCUGGAGCUGGUGUGUGAGGUGUCAGCUGCAAGUGGGGCUGUCGUAUGGAAGAAGGAUCAAACGGAGGUGACACAGGACCAGAGGACAACCAUCAUCUCCCAGGGGACACACCGCAAGCUCGUCGUCAAAAACGUGACCCUGAAAGACCAAGGGAGCUACACCUGUGAAACAAAGGACGACAAAGCAACAUUCCAAGUCAAAGUCAGAGAGAAAGAAGACGUGUUUACAAACAAGGACAAGAUACAAAAGGAGGUGAAGGCUGUACUGAAUCAAAAUGCCACGCUGAGCUGCGAGGUGGCCCAGGAGAAGAGCGAGGUGAAAUGGUACAAGGAGGGGAAACUGCUCACCUCGAGCAAGAAGUUC